AUGAAUGCCCGUGACGUGCCGCUUCCCGACCAUGUUCCAGUUGGGGCCGUCAUUGGCGUAGGAGGCAGCUACUGCAAAGCGCUGCGCGAGAACUACGGCGUUCGCUGUGCUGUAGGUGUAGCCGACCGAAAAGUGACACUGAAGGGGUCGAGGAUCGGCAUUGAGCGCGCAGUGGACGACCUCACGGGGUUGUUCGAGACAUUUGCCUUCACGAAAGAUCGGGUCUUUGACAUCGUCGCAAGGGACGGGCCCGCGCGCUCAUGGUCCUUCCACGAAGACCUCGAGGACUCCAGUAAUGCACACGUCAAGGCCUAUCCAUAUCGUCUGCAGCAGUCGGGACGGGCCGUGGAAACUGCGAGUCGAGAUGACUCGUGGAUCCAGGAGUUCCGUGCAGACGAUACGGCGGGCGUUAUGGCUUAUUUGGUCGAGAAGCCGUCCGAGCUGCCGCCGACCAUCAAAGUGGCAUUCGGGAGAACGUGUUUUAAACUGCGGUCCAUGCGGUGCAAGAGUGCGACCAUUGCGUGGCCAGAGCUCCAGCGCCUGCGCAAUUACGACGACUUCUCGACGCGCUGGUCGAACUUCUGCACACGCACAGCCCCUGCGAUGGCUGCGCUCAUGGACGAGCUCGAAGAGUGGAUGGAGACGGACGUGACGCCGCAGCACGUGAUGCUGCUGCAGGUCGCACGGGCUGACAGACAGCUGUGCGAGGUGAAGUACCAUCUCGUCGACGGUCAGUGGGCGCUGCACAGCGUCCACCAGCGACGCCACGUGCGGGGGAGCUACGACGUCAUUAUGGACAAUGACAUUUCCUUUCGCGUGCGCGCGUCGACCCGCGCGAAGCUCUCGACGACUGACUGGACGGACUUUGAGCGCCAUGUCGACCUCUCGCUGCCCGACACGGGCGACCUGUUUGCCACUGACGCCUCACUGCGCGACACGGCUCCAGUGGGAAUGAGCAUCAAGUCGUCGCAGCCGUUGGCGACGGUGCAAGUGGCUGUUCAUGGCCUCCGGUUCAAGAUCUCGUACGUCGACCAGCGCCAAGACGAGUUUCGGCUUGAGUGUCGCUUGCCAAAGGCUGAGCAACAGCUGCUGCACGCCAAGGACAGUGAAGCCCGCGCGCUGCUCGACAAGGUCUUGAAGAUCCUGGCGUGA